CAGACGUCUGACAAAUUACCGCGGAUGACAGAAUGAGUGCUUACUAGUAACAGCGUCGUUCGCUUCAUGAGGAAAUUAAUUUCUAGUGGCUGGCUAAAACGCAUCACAUUCUUUAAGUAAUGGAAACCGAUUUAAUCCUGAACCGCCAAAUGCAAAGACUAAGAAGAGAUGAGCAACAAUAGCUAUUUGUCAGAUAAGUAUCUUUCUUCUCUCUUUUAUCAUGGUUUAUGAAAUGUUGUGAGAAUUGCUAACACUUGCUUGCACUAGACUUGCCAAGGAGUAGAAAAAUUCCGAGCAUACGUUAAGCGAGAUUUAGGUAAGUGAGCGAUAUGAAUUAAUUGCGCAUGCGCGUGUCACCUAUCGUUGAUCAUUAUCGUCACCAGGCCUACGCGUUUUUUAAUACCGUUAACACGAAAUCGGUGGCUUUCACAUUUAAAAUUUCUUGUGGGUUUUGUGCUGCAUUUCGCUCUUGAAAGACUCGCUUUCAAGACAAACAUGCAAAAGCGUCGGGGUAAACAAUCUUGAAAGACCCGCUUUCAAGAAACAUUUUUUCACUACACUCUGCAAUACAUCGAAGUUAAGCAUUGAGGGGAAGACGCUUGAAAGAUAAUGCGCUUUCAAGACAUUUGUAGUCUCUUCCCCUCGCCUCAUCCGAAACGAACGGCGCACAGCGUAUGCCGGGAAUAUUACGCUGCAGCUCUUGAAAGACAGUUCAGCUUUCAAGACAUGGUGAAUUGUGACCAAUUAUCUUCCGCUAAAUUACUAGCUGCCAUCAUAAAGUUGAAAUUACAGAGAGCUUCAAGAUCUUUGCUGUCGAAUUUUAACCAGAAUUGGCCGCGAAUUUUUUUACCGAUAUCGUCAUCAGAGAAAAUAGGUUUUGUACUCGCAAGCUAAAAGUUAACCAACCAAAGGCGGCAUGAGGUUUUUCGUGCGAACUUUGUAAGCUGUCGAUUUUCUGCAUUUUAAUUAUAAAGAUACUCUCAAAGCAUAUGAUUACACUGUUUUCCUUUUGAGAAUAACCUCGCUAUAUAAUAAGUAAUUUAUUUUACAAAUAUGAGCAACCGAGACCAAGUUAUAUUAAAUAAAUAAGAACAAUAUGACUUACAUGAAGUAUGUUUCCGUUUUAGUUGUCAUAGUCCCAGGGCGCAAUACAACACUUGUCGUCAAUGUAACCGAGGGCGAAGACCUCACUGUAAACUGCUCCAUUGAAACGAAUACGCCCUCAUGGUCACGGCGAGACGGAGAGGUGGUGCAAACCAAAACCAGGAUAAUUGAUGGAGUCUUACUCCGCAUAGAAAAUGUGUCGAUCGCUGAUACUGGGGUGUACGAGUGCAGAAAUGGGAAAGAUCAGCACACAAUCUGGAUCCAAGUUUUAGUUAAACUAGAGGUGGAGAUGGAACUGGUGGUUGAGAAUUACGUGUUCACAGAGGAGUUGAAGAACAAAUCAUCCCCCGUUUACAAGGAAACCGAGAAAAAUUUUACUACUGAGAUGGAUAAUGUGCACAGAGGAGUAACUCCAGGCUACGUGAGAACGGACGUUUUAGGUUUUAAAAAAGGAAGCGUUAAGGUCGAUUUCAAGAUCGUUAUUGUUCUGGUGACCAAUGAUCCCGAAAACGCCACGGAUCUGCCAGACGUGAAGGCCGAAGCUGCUCAGAGGGUUGUUGUGAGAGCAAAGACUGGGGUAGUGGAGAGGCUAAAAGUGAAGCAAGUCAUAGUUAAAACUGUUCCUUUAGAACCUGGAAAUGUGGAGAUCUUUGGAAUAGAUUCGGACGAGUUAAGCGUUCGAUGGAAUCCUUCUGAAGACGCUGAUUCGUUUCAGAUUCAAAAGUACGUGGUCCAACACAGAAAAUUCGAAGAGAAACUCUACACCAAUACCUCUCAACCCGCUUCAGAUGACAAGACACAAUACACUAUCAGAAUUCAACCGCUGGAGCCUGAAACGACUUACAUGAUACGAGUUGGUGCCGUGAACCAAUAUGGCGACAAUUUCAACGACGAAACUGCUCAUAAAACUGACGUUACACCUUUCGCAUGGUGGAUCAUCGUUGUCGUAGUGUUAGUAAUUCUUCUUGUUCUCGUCAUACUUGUGGUAUUGAUUGUGUACAAACGCAAAAAAGACCGGAAGAGAGAAGUGCAACAACAAGGAUCUCGUUUUGAUGCACUUGAACUUGAGUCUCCGACGCAUGAAGUUGCCGGAUAUGAAAGUAAGAAUGUCAAAGGAUUGGUAUAUUCAUACUCAAACGAUGCUUACAAGCCGUCCGAAGUAUCUUGGGACGAAAUUCCAUACAAGGACCUGAAGCUACUAGAUGAGCUUGGCUCAGGAGCAUUCGGUGUCGUGUACAAAGGAGAGUAUUUACAAGAAAGUGGGAAUGUAUUGCCUUGCGCAGUGAAGUCGCUGAAACCUUCUGCAUCAAGAGAAGAAGUCCGUGACUUGUACAACGAGCUGGAAAUAAUGGGCAAUGUGGGUUAUCAUCCAAACCUUGUUAACUUGAUUGGAGCUUGCACAGAAGAUGGUCACCUACUCGUUGUCUUAGAGAUCGCAGAAAAUGGCAGCUUGAUAGAGUUCUUGAAAAAAUCUCGACAAACGGACCAAAGCUAUGAGAUCGUUAAAAGCGGGCUAACAGAAGAAAUGAAAACUGGAAUAGCCACUGACGUUGCAAGAGGAAUGGCUCAUCUAGCGAAGUGUAGAUGUAUUCACCGAGAUCUUGCAGCAAGGAAUGUGUUACUUGGAAAAGACUACGUCGCCAAGGUGUCUGAUUAUGGAAUGGCCCGGGAUGUUUAUGAGGAAUUGAUGUAUAAAAAGGAAACUCAGGGUAAACUUCCCGUAAAAUGGAUGGCUAUUGAAUCCUUACAAACGUACAUUUUCACGAUUGAGUCAGAUGUAUGGUCGUAUGGCGUGCUGCUCUGGGAGAUAGAGUCAGGAGGUCUUAAACCUUAUGCUGGUCUUAGUACUCAAGAGCUGAUUGCGGAGUUAAAGAAAGGCUAUCGGUUGGAAAAGCCCGAUGGAUGCUCAGAGGAAAUGUACCAGGUUAUGAGAUCCUGUUGGAACCCAAAUCCAAGCGCAAGACCAACUUUUGAUCAACUGCGUAUUCAACUGGAGAGCAAAAUCGUGACCUGAUUACUCCGUUCACGAACCAUGAAGGAGCACCUCGCUCUAGUCUUUACAGAGAAGACUAUUUUAAGUAGCACCCUUUUGCACAAAUGAUUGAAGGUUUCCAAUUUUUCUUUAUCUAAAGUUGGGACCGCAAUAAAAUAAAGCUUCUUUUAAGUUUGCUAUGCAGAGCGGUUUUUAUAUGAGUGUCGGAAAUUAGUCGUGUUUGCUUUGGUUUUGUUUUGAACAAUCCACUAAGUGCUUGGCUUAAAAAGUCCUUCACCAUUUUGUCAUCCAAUCAGAAGAAAACCUAAUAAUCGUCGCGACUGGCCCGCACCCGUUUUCCAGCGCUGGUCCCCUACAUGCAUUUGCUUUGAGUUUGAACUGGAUCAUUGUGUUUCUUUGUGUAAUUUCUGAUUAGCUAGACUGAUUACUUCGGUUUUGGUUAUACAACACUCAAUAAAAACUACUCUAAUUGGUAGAAUGAAUCAUCAAUCAGCGUUAAUAUAAUUGCUUAUGCUCUUUGCGUCAGCUACAUGUAAUUACUUCGAGUUUUGAUUGGCUCACUGUAUCGUCUGUGUCCUUUGUGACUGGCCAGAGUGAUUACUAUGGUUUUGGUUUUACGACACUCAAUUGAAAACCGCUCAAACCGACGUUAAGACGAUUGCUUAUAGCUAAACCAAAGUUAAUAUGAUCGUUUAUUUAACAAAUAAAGAAGCCUAAGCCGUGUAUUACACUGUGAUAAAACGCGACGGGCAUUUCUCGAGUGUUCUCAAAUGUCCGGAGUUUUUUAUCGCAGUAUAAUACUCGGCUCAGGCUUCUUCGUUUGCUUUAUGAAAUAGAUUUUGCUCGCGAAAAACAAUAAAACACGCUUUUUCUAUGUUUUAUACUUUGAUAAAACAUGGGUUUUUGACCAAUCAGAGCGCGGGCAGGGUCCUAGCUAUAUUAUAAACUUAGGUAAUGAGCUGGCUAUUGGGCAGUACAGUCGAUAUUCAUUAGGAACCACUUUGAUUCGUACAUCGAUCCUGAUAAAGUCGGCCAGUUGUGUUUGUAUAGUAUUAGCAAGUUUAAGUCAGAGACUACAAUACAUGCACGCCGAAAUAGUCGACGUCCGCAGAAAAAUAUACCUGCACAGCUAAAUAGAGCCAUUUUAAAAGGUAACAAAGUUACUCACUGAUGGACCGAAUUGUGAAAGAGCUAUUUAAAAAAAAGAAAUAAAAAUACUAAUAAUCAGUUGUCAGACAACCAACUUAUAAAUAAUUUACCACAGCUCUAGAUAAAUGAUUGUGUAUUUAUAUGCAAUUACAGUAAAAGUCUAGGUAGGUAAAUUAUCAUUUAUUUGUUUAAUAAAAUUAUGCACAAUUGAAGAACAUUA